AUGGGAGCUUUCCCACCCUCAUAUUCCAACAACUAUAUCUUAGUGGCAGUUGAUUAUGUGUCCAAGUGGGUGGAAGCUGUGGCUCUGCCUAUCAAUGAUGCCAAAGUGAGGUAUGGAGUCCGUUAUAAAGUGGCGACUCCCUAUCACCCUCUGACAAGUGGUCAGGUUGAAGUCUCUAACAGAGAACUCAAGAGGAUUCUGGAGAAGACCUUGGUCUAUGAUAAAGCCUGUCACUUACCAGUUGAGCUGGAGUAUAGAGCUUACUGGGCAAUCAAGUUUCUGAACUUUGAUGCUCAAGUUGCAAGAAUAAAGAGAAUGCUUCAGUUGAAUGAGCUUGAUGGAUUCAGAUAUUUAGCCUAUGAGAAUGCCAAGCUAUAUAAGGAGAGAACUAAAAUAUGUCAUGACAAAAAGAUUGCCAUCAGAGUCUUUGAGCCAGGUCAGAGAGUGCUCCUGUUCAAUUCAAGGCUCAAACUCUUUUUCGGGAAGCUGAAAUCCCGAUGGUCAGGACCGUUUGUGGUUAUCAAGGCAUCACCGUAUGGUCAUGUGGAAAUUCAGGAGGAGAAUUUUAAUAGAAAGUUAACAGUUAAUGGCCAGAGGUUGAAGCAUUAUCUUGGAGGCAAGAUUGAUCGCCAAAGGUCCGCUCAUCUACUGAACUAG